UCCUCUCGUCAACUGGAUGCCGUGAAAAGGACGCCUGUGAUUUUCACCAACAUGAUCACAGAAGCCGUCGACAUGGACGACACAAAGUUCCCUGCAUUUAUGUCCCUGUCACCACCUGUCCUCCAUACUGCACGGGCACCUGGCAAACGGGAGCCGUGGACAACCGCGACUAAUGCAGUCGGCAUCCGCCUUCGGAAGCUCAGAGAGGGUGUGCAGCAUAGGUAUAUAUAGUUGAUGCUCCAAGCAUGAGCUGCUGUACAAUCCCUAAACUCGAACUCCUGCCACGGACAGUCGUGGCAAGACGGUUUUGAUUGCCGUCUUCACCAUAUUCCUGCUGUGCGCGCUGCUCCCGAAUCAUAUUCGGCACCAAGACGUGGAAAUAUAUGGCAACGGGAAGCUUCGCAAGCUGAAGAAUGCCGCUAAGGAAAAGUAUGCCGUCGGUCCGUUGCCGUGGAGCAAGGGAGAAAAGCCGGUGACACGAAGCUAUGCUGGAUUUAUUGAUGUCAGAACCUUUCCUGAUGGAUGGCCCAGUUCCGUCUCAGCCCCCACGGCAUCGGGUCGCGCAAGUACUUUCUUUUGGUUUUUCCCGGCUCAAUCUCCUUCCACGUCCAGGCCACCGCUUCUCAUUUGGUUGCAAGGUGGUCCUGGGUCAAGCUCCAUGAUAGGCUUGUUCGACGAACUGGGACCCAUGAGAGUGAAAAAAGGAAAAUUAGAAAGAAACACGCAGACAUGGAAUAAGGACUAUUCUAUUCUAUUCAUCGACAACCCCGUUGGAACGGGAUUCAGCUAUGUGACACCCAGGGACGAGAACUUUGCACAUAAGGACCGCGCCUCAGAAGAACCAAGGGAUAAAAGUGACGAAAAUAGUCCGCUUUACGUGAAUGGCUAUGCGGCCAAUGAAGCCGCGGUCAGCAGGGACCUUUGCACUUUUCUUCUGAAGUUCUACGAAAUUUUCCCUGAACAACUUGAAAGCUCUCUGUUCCUCACAGGCGAAUCUUAUGCUGGAAAAUAUGUUCCUCAUUUUGCAUCAGCGAUUCACACCUUUAACCGACUAUCAGAGCACCCGACAAAAAUUCCUUUGAAGGGCAUUGCAAUCGGCGAUGGCCUCACGGAUCCGGUAACACAGAUAAAGUACCAUGCACCGCUAGCCCUUGCUGUUGGACUUGUGAACAAAUUACAAGCAACGAGGAUAACUCAAUAUGCUGAUGCAGCAAUUGACCAUGUGGGACGUCAGGAAUGGACUGAAGCCGGAGAGGCUCGGAAAGCAAUGUUUGAAUACUUUGCGAAUGUGACCGGCGGAAUCAAUGUGUACGAUGUAAGACAGGGCGAUGUACCGAAAAGUCAUCAAGGCCUGGACGCCUUUCUCUCCCGUACCGAUGUCCGCAAAGCUAUCAAUGUCUGCGGUGGCCAUCUGCAAAGAAAAUCUUGCGAUGGUGAUCCAAGGCGCGACCCUGGCUUUUAUCACAGCGACCCAGCGGUCGCAUUCCAUCUUGCACAUGAUAUCAUGCGCAGCGCCGCCCCACAAGUUGCAGAAUUGCUUAAUAGCGGCUAUCACGUUUUGUUGUAUCAGGCGCAGUUUGAUUUCCGUGAUGGAGUUCUGGGACAGACGGAAUGGAUCGAGAAUCUGGAUUGGGAGGAUCGAGAAGGGUACAUUAAAGCGGAUAGGCAGAUUUGGAAAGUUGACGGCCACGUUGCGGGAUAUGUUACAAAGUACCAGCAGCUCAAAAGGGUGGAGAUCUUAUUAGCAGGACACUUUGCCCCGCAAGACCAGAAAAAACAGGUUAGGCAAAUGAUCAAUACAUUUGUUGAGGAUGCCGAAAGAAAUAGCGUACUGCCAGCGAUGUAAAAAUAUAAUUGUACAUAGUCUAAUAUCGUUUCUACCAGUUUUACUUGAAAAAAAAAGGCUG